AACAGCCAAAACCAACCAACUUAGAACACGACCGUGGCCUACAUUUCAAGGCUUCCACAGCCUUUUGCACUUGAGAAAUAGCUAAUGAGACCUCCCCAGGUCGAACUGGAUUUCGGUACACCACCAGGAACCCCUCCGCGAACAUCGUCUGACUUUGAAGAAGUACCAUACCCAGCGGACCAUCAUUGGGCCACAGCGCAGCAACAGGAAUCUUUACCACUUCACUACAUGUCGGAGGAUACGGCAACGCGCAGGAGAGUUGCGAGAGGGCCUGGCAGCAGCGGAGGGUUUUUGAGCGGGGACGAGCAUGAGGGAGAAAUGCAAUAUGACGACGAGGGUAAGGACGUGUACUCAAAAUCAAGGCCGGCAAAAGGCCGCGUUAGCAGUGGACGCAUAAGAAGACCUCCACCCCCGCCUCCAACUUCAAUUAGCGAGUUCAUUUCCCAAAACCUCGAACACCUCCCUCCCGCAAUUUACACUCUUUUGUCAUGCUGGACAAGGUUCCAUAAAAUUGGUCAUUCUGGUGUGGUCGUCUGGGACGAAGCCCAUUUUGGAAAGUUUGGCUCGCAUUACUUGAAACGCGAGUUUUACUUCGAUGUCCACCCUCCUCUGGGAAAGAUGCUUGUGGGCCUCGCGGGUUUGCUGGCAGGCUAUGACGGCAGUUUUGAAUUCAAGAGUGGGGCUGAAUACUCGGAUAAUGUGCCAUAUGUUGCUAUGCGAGUGAUGAUGGCUACCUUUGGUGUAGCUAUGGUCCCUUUGGGCUGGUAUACUGCUGUUGAACUGGGUCUGAGCUCGUGGGCGUGUCACUUGGUUGCUCUGAUGGUACUUUGCGAUGUCGCAUGGCUGUGUAUAUCUCGAUUCAUUCUAUUGGACUCUAUGUUACUUUUCUUCACCUUUACUACGGUCUUUUUCCUCACCAAGUUUCACAAUCAACAAUAUCAAUCCUUUUCUUUUGACUGGUGGCUUUGGCUUGCAAUGACAGGAAUAUCUAUUGGAUGUGUCACAAGUGUCAAAUGGAUCGGCCUGUUUAUUACAGCUGUAGUGGGACUGUACACGAUUGAGGACUUGUGGGAUAAGUUUGGCGACCUCAAGAUGUCUUAUCGAGAUCAAAUAAGGCAUUGGGCUGCUCGAGUGCUAUGUCUCAUAGUUCUUCCCAUCCUUGUUUAUAUGAUGUCUUUCAAAAUCCACUUUCUUAUCCUCAACCAUUCCGGUCCAGGCGAUGCACAGAUGAGCUCGUUAUUCCAAGCCCAUCUCGUCGGCAAUGAUUUUUCACGGAAUCCACUUGAGGUUGCCUAUGGGUCAAAAAUCACACUUAAAAACAUGGGAUGGGGAGGUGGACUUCUGCAUUCGCAUGUUCAAACAUAUCCGGCUGGUUCUACUCAACAACAAGUGACGUGUUACCAUUACAAGGACGACAACAAUGAUUGGGUCGUACUUCCCAGGUGGGAUGAGUCUGAAUAUAAUCCGAAUGAUCCUUUGCAUUUCCUUCAAGACGGAGAUGUUAUUCGUCUUCAGCAUGCUGCGACUACCCGCAAUUUACAUUCCCAUAACGUUCCAGCGCCUGUCACAAAGCUCAAUAACGAGGUCUCUUGUUAUGGCAAUGCAACAAUAGGAGACUAUCAUGACUACUGGAAAGUGGAGGUCGUUGAUGACAUCAAGCAAGGCAGCAAGGAUAAGGUCGACAGGAUACAUUCCCUUACAACUCGCUUGAGGUUUCGCCAUGACACUCUAGGAUGUUACUUGCGUGCAGCCAACUCCGUUUUACCGCAGUGGGGAUACAAACAAAUAGAAGUCAGCUGUGAUAAGGAAAAUAAUCCUAACGACCCGCAUACCUAUUGGAACGUGGAGAGCCACUGGAAUGAUCGAUUGCCCCCCGCCGACACUAAAUUCUUCAAAUCUCCCUUCCUCCGUGACUUCUGGCACCUCAAUGUGGCAAUGAUGACAUCCAACAAUGCUCUCAUUCCAGACCCUGACAAGGACGAUAUCCUGGCUUCCAAUCCUACAGACUGGCCUUGGAUGCACCUUGGCUUGCGUAUGUGUGGCUGGGGAGACCAUCAGCCCAAGUACUAUCUCCUUGGAACGCCGAUUAUUUGGUGGGGAGGUUCCGCUAGUCUGGUUGUUUCUUUUAUUGUCCUUGGGGUGUAUUUGUUCCGCCAUCAACGAAAAUAUAUAGAUAUGGAUUCAAGGGAAUGGGAUCAUUUCUUGUACGUCGGGAAAAUCGCUUUCUAUGGUUGGUUCUUGCACUACGCACCGUUUUUCAUCAUGGGUCGUGUGACUUAUGUCCAUCACUACCUUCCGACUUUGUACUUCUCUGUUUUGAUGUUCAGCCACCUCCUUGAUCACUUCAUCUUUUCCUCACGUCGCUGGAAAGAGAAGACGAAAAAAAUUUCUUUCGGUGUUUGUGCUUUCCUCAUUGUUGCAAACUUCUGGUGGUUUAGAGGUUUAGCGUGGGGUAUAGAUGGCCCCAUCAACGAACACUGGGGUCUGUUGUGGCGUAAAAGCUGGAACAUUUAUAAUGCAUAAUCGUGUAUUGGUGGAACGGUAAAAUGACCGAUGAUUACUUCUGGAGCUAUAUUAAUUUAUGUUAGUUUCCAACGUCCCUACUUGUCCGUAUUAUAAGAAAAUAAACAAGUGCCGUGUUUUUACCCACUUCCGUGGGUACAGAAAUACAUGCAUACAGCCUAAUAUGCUGACUGCACCGUA